AUGGAAUUCUUCUUUGUCGGCGCUAUGACCCUUUUGGCCGCUAUGUACCCUCUCUACCAACCCAUGCUAGACUCCUUCGACUUCCCCUCCCAUAUCACAGGCCUCAGGAAGUCCAUCGCCGAUCUCACCCUAAAGAUUAUCUCAGAAUAUGAUGGACUACCUGAAGGUACCCCAGUCUCUGGUUUCUGGCAUGCUACGGAAUCAGGCCCUGCUCAUGUCUUUCCUUCCCAAUCCUGGCAAGAGACGGCGGCGUCGUUCCAGUCUCGUUUGAGCGGAGCGUAUAAGCCCAAUCCUUUUAUUUAUACCAUCCUGUUUUUCGUCUUCGCCAUCUUGGGUGUGUACCUCGUGUUCUCAAUCGGCGUGGCUUUGGCACAGUGGAGAGAGUACAAUAAAGUCAUGACCGAAAAAGCGAGAACAUCGCCCAUCCAGCCUGUUGGGAGCGGGAUUGAAAGUUUCCACGAUACCAUGAUGAAGAAAAAUCAUGAAUUUGUCUCCGGACAGAUGAAUGACUUCAAGACGGCCUUGCUUCAGGUCAUGGAGAGUGUGAAACAAACGCAGGGCAUGUUCCGAGAGCAGAUGGCUGCGCUGAAGCCGCAGGAGAAUCUGCAAACCCAGUUGCAAGACUUCGAGACCCGCUUGGCCGAAAUCAAAACCGCCACGGGCAAGAACAUGGACGCUCAAGUCAAGCAACUGCAGGAGCAGAUGAUCUCCUUGAAGCCACAGGAUCUGCUGGAGAAAUUUGAAGCGGACUGGGCUAGAAUGAAGAACGCUGCUAGCAAGGACAUGGAGGCUAAGGCCGAACAACUUAUGGACCCACUGGACGGCCGUAUGAUCUCGCUGAAGGAGCUAGAAAACCGAACGCACAUCCUCUAUCAGGACUUGUCCGAAUGGAAUGACACUGCUGGCAAGGCCGUGGAGGAUGUGAAACAACAAUCGGACCACCUGAUGCGAGACUUGGCUGAAAAGAAAAAGACUGCUUGCAAGGCCAUCGACGCUCAAGAACAACUGCGGAAAGAGGAUCUGAAGAUCAAAAUGCAGGAUCUACAGGACCGAAAGAAAGCGUUCGAUGCAAUGUUGAAAACUUUUGAGCAGCGCUGGGAUACCGAGUUGGGCCAAGUGCACAACAAGUUCGACGCGCUAUUUCAGAAAGUGGACUUGCAGGCUCGAAUUAACAGCCAAAUGUCAUUGUUUGAGGCAGAAGUGGGCCAGAAGAGACUUGAGCUGGCAGCUGACUUCGACCAGAAGGCUCGUGAUGGGUUGAUGGCAAUCCUCGGAGGACCGGAACGUGUUCAGCAGUUGGUCGUGAAGAUAUUGAAGGAGCUAAUCCUUCAUGAGAUUUCUUCUUCGAGCUCUGGUGAUUUCCAGUCGUUCGUCGGGCAGAGGGUUGAUGAGCUAGUGAAAGAGCAUGUACCAUUUUCGCUCCCUGAUCUAGACUCUACCAAUUCUCCGGAAAGACCCUCUAAGUUGUCGAGACGGACUCGCUGGCGCAUGCGUCAUCCUGGAGGCAGCGUGGAGGUCCCUGAACCCGGCAUGGCAGCCACUACAACUACUCCGUCUAGCGGCAAGACGGAGCAGAAUGUGCCCAAGCCCCAGGGGAAACCUCACGCUGGCCUCAAGGAGUCGACUUCCGCACCCUGGACCGGACCUGCAUCUCCGGUGACGACCGCUGACGCCAAAGGCAAUGCGGGAGAGGCCUCCAAGCCUUUGGAGAAGCCAUCCCCCAGCCUUCAGAGCUCGCGGUAUGAACCACAGGCCAGUCCGGCGUCUUCGGAGGCUGGUCCCUCUCGAAGCAAGGUGGCGGACGUCCCCAAGCCGCAGGGAGGCCUCGCAAGCUCGAUCCAUGCGGCCCCCGCCAGUCCUUCCGCUCCCGCCAGCCCUACUGUCCCUCAGACACGGGACAAGGGCAAGCAGCCCAUGAGAAACGAGACCAAAGAGGUAUCGGGACCUUCGAAGGGGCCCUCCCAAACUCCAAAGGGGGAUGUCUCUGGGCGAUCAUCGGCCCCAAGAGCCGAUGAUCAUAAGGGAGAUUUGAAGGUUUUUGGUCUUCAGGACUCGAAGGAUGCUCCCCAAGCUCCUAAGGGUCCUUCAGGGGCCAAGAUCGAGGCCAAGGGGCCAUCGACAAGUCAGGCCGUGGGAAUUGCCAGAGAGUUCGUACCCAGGCAGCCGUCUAGUCAAUCAGUUAACGCCCAGGGUUUCCGUAAGAUACCCCCUGCUGCUCAAUAUUCGCAAUCUAUUAAGGCAAAUGCUAAUACUUCUACUACAGAGCCGUCGAGGUUUGAUCCUGAGAUCUUCCCUAACCUUCCGAAACUGCCCCCCCGUCGGCCGCGAGCUGCUGUAGUCGGUCAAAAGCACUCAUUUGGCCAGGUUUUCGCGGGUAUUGGGGGGCAGGCGGAUAAGGAACGACCUCCUGCACGUCCGACCCAGAAGAUGGAAGUCGGGGGAUUGGCUCCGGUGAAGAAGGACCCGACCAAGGCGGAUCCAGGUCCUGCGGUUCCCAAAGAGCCUUCCAAGGCGCUGUCCCUCGUCGAUAAGGGAAAGGCUAAGGAAGGAUCGGGUCCGGCACUCUGGUCCGAUUUGGUCGAUGCAGACCUUCAGAGGCUGAAAGGCUCACCGGGCGCCAGCCAGCCAACAGCGGCCCCCCCAAGAACCAGUGUCCCUGCAGCUGCUGGGAUAGAGCCCUCGAGACCGGCCCCGCUAAAGGAGGGCAGCACUAAAGUGCACCCCGGGGUUGCAGAGUUGAGGUGGGCUCCUCAGCCUGGGACCGAUGCUCCCACCCCUCCUGCGGCUGCGGAAAAAGCCAACGAACUGCCUUCAGUCCCCCCAGGACUGGCAAAGUCGAUUUGGGCCGAUACUGUAUCGACCGAAGAUGCCGGCAAGGCACCGCUCGCAGAGAAGAAAGGGCCAGAUAAAAAGCCCUCGGGGGUGCAUCGCGGUGGGCUUCCCAGGGUCCGUGACGUGGAGGGUGAUGAGGGUCAGGGAGAAAUAGGAUAUAAUUGA